UUUAAUCCACGGUGGAAUAAAGCAUGAACUGUAUCCUUUAAUUGAAAAAUAGAAUUCCUAAAUCAUGUAAAAUAUGGCAGGUAUUAGUUAGAUAAUUGUUAUGAGCACAAUCGGAAUGUCAUUUAGCGGGAUAUAACUUUAAUUUAUGAGCCACAGUUACCUGUCUCUCACAGUUGUGAUCAGGGAUAAAACGAAUAUUACAUAUCUUUAGAAAAGGCAUGUAAGUUAUAAGCGAACUGUGUAUGGAGUAAAACACACAUGUUUAAAGAAAAAAAGCGAAUAAAUUUACCAGCAUAACGGAAGCAACAUCCUGAAUAUAUGAAAUAUCACUACAGAAUACUGUCAAGAUCGCUAGUUCAUGUUUCCAAGAUACAGAUAUUGAUUAUAUCUGUUUUUAAAUGCUUGUCAUGUUAUAGGAGGAACAAAAAAUCGUAAUUUCUUGUUUCUUCCGGGAGCAGUCCCAGCUGCACUCAUGAACCUUCGCAACAACGCUGAAUAAAGGACUAAACAGCCGUGUUUGACACGAUAAUAGUGAUUAAUCAUCAGCCCACAUCCUGCUGAAUUGUUUUAUCGGUUUGAAUUGUAAGUUGUAUGUUUCCGAACUGACUUUGACUAUGAAAUACUUUAAAUCACGUGUUUACAGACAUGACAACAAGUCCAUGCAUUUCCUUUGAAAUCCGCAAAUGAUCUUCAACACACAAACCCUGCCUCUGGUGUGCUGCACGUGUCCCUGUGUUUCUAACUGUGCCUUGUAUUCAAUUUGCGGGAUUAUAGCGAUAUCAAAGUGUUAAGUGCUGAGACGUAACAGUUUGAGAGACGUUUGCGCCUUAUUUGCAUUGUUUGGAUUAGCCCAGAUGCCUCUAUAUUGUAGUCGUUUCAUGGUUGCACCCUGCACACGGACCUUGGGAGUUGUUCCUGACCACAGCUCCAGAGUGUUCAGGCGAUGCUGGAGAAAGCUGUGGCAUCCAGUUAGGCUCUAUACUGGCUCAGUGACUUCAAGCCCUGAUUCUGAGUUCAGAAAUUCAGAGAUGUUGACCCAAAGUGGGAAACCCUUUCACACGCCGGUCAUGGUGAAGGAAGUGUUAAAGUUUCUGGACAUCAAACCAGGGCAGGUGGUCCUGGACUUGACCUUUGGGGCCGGAGGUCACUCGAAAGCCAUCCUGCAGUCGGUUCCCAGUGUAACGGUGGUGGCAGCAGAUCGUGACCCCACAGCUUUCCAAAUGGCUCAGCGUUUAGCUGAAGAAUACACGCUUUGGACCUUGACUGUCUGUGGGACUGUCUGCAUUUUUCUCCUGCACAUUUUCAUCUCUGCUCCCCUGCUGAAUGCAGUCGAUCAACAUCUUAUCUUGGACCUCAGUGACGUGGAUAGAGGAGUCAGGCAGCUCGGUGCUGGGGAAUAUUUCAGGCUUGAUUUGUUUGGGGGCCAGGUGAAGCCAGUACUAGGGAGGUUCAGUGAGCUGAAUAACCUGCUCCCAGCACUGGGUUUGGGACCAGGAGGUGUGGAUGCUGCCCUUCUUGAUGCUGGAUGCUCCUCCAUGCAGAUGGAUUCAGCAGAAAGAGGCUUCUCCCUCAGCAAGGAUGGGCCGCUGGACAUGAGGAUGGAUGGAGACAGGUACCCCGACAUGCCCUGCGCGGCUGACGUGGUCAACGCCUUGGAUCAACAGGCGCUUGCGUCCGUGCUGGCUGCGUACGGGGAGGAGCGGCACACCAGGAAAAUUGCGGCGGCCAUCGCACAGGCACGCAGCAUCUACCCCAUCGGCCGGACCCUGCAACUGGCCAGCAUCGUAGCAGGAGCGUUUCCAGUGAGCGCGCUGUACGCCCGGCGUGACCGCCUGCAGCGGCCUUCACACGUUGCCACCAAAACCUUCCAGGCCUUACGGAUAUUCGUGAAUGACGAGCUCAAUGAGUUGCACGCCGGCCUGCGUGUGGCGCAGACCCUGCUCCGUCCCAAGGGGCGACUCUGUGUUCUCACUUUCCACUCCUUGGAGGACCGGCUGACCAAGCGUUUCCUCCGUGGAGAGGACCUGUCCGCCCCACCGCGCCGCAGCCUUCGCCAGCGAGCCAAAGCCCGGCUUGAGUUAGAGGGAGAGGAGCAUGAGGAGGAAGAAGAGAACGAAGAAGAGGAGAAAGGACGAGAGAGCAAAUAUUGGGUCAGUCUGAAGAAGGUGAUAAAGCCAAGUGAGGAAGAGGUGCAGGAGAACCCAAGAGCUCGAUCAGCUAAACUCAGAACAACAGUAAAACGAUAGUGAACCGAUGCUUUUUACCAGAUCACUAAGGAAAGAAAGCACAAAGCUGUCACUGGGGAUGUAGUCUUAGGUACAAAAGCUAAAAUGUAGAUCUUUGCACAUUAUUUACCCCUAAAUUGUUAAUAUUAGUAUUUUAAAGGUAUUAUAAUAGUAUACAUAUUAUUUCCUUAAGUGUACCUAUUAAUAUCUUUUGAAAGGGUACCGGCCUAGUGGCAGUUUUUGCUUUUUUUACUGGGUGUGUACAUGUGUAGUUUUAUUCACAUCAGUGUGUUUCAGGCGAAAUAAAGGAUAUAACUCCAGAAUCAGUUUUUUUUUGUGUUUUUUUUUUUGUAAACAAUGUCAGUGGUGAGGGAACGAAUUCUGGAAGAAUUUCGUGUGCACUUUGCAUAACACUUUAAAUAUCUGCCUGAGGGAUUUUCUAAAUAAAUGUUCUGUUUUAUCUAUAUUUUGUUUUGUUCGGCUUUUUUUUUUUUUUAGUGUAGUUUUCAUUUUCACUUCAUCAGAUUUUUUUUUUUAGUUCUGAUGCAUUUUAAUUUAAAUCUUUAGUUUUAUUUUAGUUUUACUAGUUGAGGGCUGCCAAAAUGAAAGAGGUGCUAUUAUGCUCGUUCACUUUUUCAACUUUAUUUAGUCUGUAAAUGUUGCUGUUUGAUCAUAAAAAAUAUCUGCAGUUACAAAGCUCGAAGUCCACUUCAAAAGGAGUUUUAUUUAACAGAAAUCACUUUUCAAAAACUACAACGAACGACUCGUUUGGACUACAACACAUCUGUUCCGGGAUUUGUGAUAUCGCAAAGAUCGAUGAAUGGGAUGAAACCUGGUUGUGCUGCACUAGAGAAGACAAUGAGUGUUAAUAAUAUGUCAGAGUGUUCCCAAGACAGACGAGCUUAGAGUGGUUACAAUCAUCCGGGUUUAAAUCACACUUAAAUGACAAUCACAGCACAUCUUUCACAUUGGCUACCAUCAGCAGUUUGUUUAACAACAUUAUUCAUCAUGCAGGUUUGGAAAAAGUUGAUGGUGAAUGAUGACAGAACUUUUUUAUUUUUGGGUGAACUGUCCCUUUAACGUACUGUAGUAUCUGGUAUUAUUUAAAAAUGUUUAAACAGUCUAGUGUUAUUGCUAGUGACAUUUUCAUGUUUACUGCAGGUGGUUUGUACCAGUUUCAAGUUUCCUAUGUCUAAAAACAAAAUAUCAUUACUGGAUCUUCCAGUAAAAACUACAGGCCCCUCUGCUGAUGUAUGCCAGACUUAAAACCCGCCCCAUUUUACAAUCGAUUGCAAGCUGAUUGCAUUCAAUCAAUGACUUUUGAUGAUUAUAACCAAGUUCCUGCCCUACAUUUUUCUUUUUGAACUCUGCUUCACUUCAGUACAAAAGAAGGAUACUUCUGUUACAUCAUGGCUUUAAUUUGUGCUUAUUUUUAUUUGAAUAAACUUAAGUUUUGGAGUCAAA